UUGGAAAAGAGAAAAAAGGAACUCCAGAAGCAAAUGGGAGACUUGGAAAAGAGAAAAAAGGAACUCCAGGAGCAAAUGGGAGACUUGGAAAAGAGAAAAAAGGAACUCCAGGAGCAAAUGGGUGAAAUGAAGAAAGAAUUAGAAUGGAGAAGGGCUCGGAACAAUUCAGAUGACAUCACUUUGCACGGAGUCACGGCCCACCCCAACCUUUCAAUUUCUGAGGACAAGAAGAGUUUUACACAUGAAGCCCAACCUCAGCAAGUUCCACCAAACCCAGAGAGGUUCGAUUCGACCAUCUGUGUGUUGGGCUGUGAAGGAUUCUUCGCUGGAAAGCACUACUGGGAGGUGGAGGUUGUGAGCAGCACUGACUGGGACCUGGGGGUGGCCAAAACAUCAAUACAGAGAAAAGGAAAACUUUCCCUGUCUCCUAAAGAGGGAUUCUGGGCUCUGGGUCUGAGUGGGAGAGAUUAUUGGGCAAAAACAGACCCAUGGACCCGGGUCAUGGUGCAGAAAAAGCCGAAGAAAAUUGGAGUUUCCCUUAGUUACCAAGACAGGCAGGUGACUUUUUUCAAUGUAACUGACAUGUCUGUGUUGUUCACAUUUAAUGAUUGUUCAUUCUCAGGAGAGGUUUAUCCAUUUUUUAAAAAUUCAGACAAAAAAACAACAAUGAGAAUUUGUUCAAUUAAUGAGGAAUAAAUAUAACAUGACACUGAUGCUGAUUUUAUACUGAUGUAACUGAAAUCAAGGUUUUCAUGAAUGUAUUUUGAUGUAAAAAAAUCUGUUUUUUUUUUAA